AUGCCUAGCCCAUCAUCAUUAAGCAAAACCAUCACCCUCAACAAUGGUCUGCAAAUGCCCCGUAUUCAUCUCGGUGUUUACAUGACUUCUGGUCGCGAAACCGAAACCGCCGUAUCAGCAGCUCUCUCAGUAGGAUAUCUCGCCUUUGAUUCUGCCGAAUGGUAUGCAAAUGAAGUACAAGUUGGUUCGGCAAUCAAGAAAUAUUUAAGUGCCAAUAAAGAGGUCAAAAGAGAGAAUUUAUGGUUCACGACGAAACUUAAAACGAAUACAAGCUAUGAUGCGACAAGGAAGGCUGUAAAGGAUAGUUUGAAGAGAAGUGGGUUGGAUUAUAUUGAUUUAUAUCUGUUGCACAGUCCAUAUGGUGGCAAACGGCGCAGAUUAGAAUGUUGGAGAGCAGUUGAGGAUGCUAUCGCGGAUGGAGAAGUGAAAGCUGGUGGUGUGAGUAAUUUUGGCAUCAAACAUUUACAAGAUAUACUUGACUCUAAGCCGAAAAUAAUCCCGGCCGUGAAUCAAAUCGAAGUCCAUCCGUUCAACACUCGAACUAAUAUUACUUCAUUUUGUCAAUCGAAUGGCAUUGUAGUUGAAGCUUAUGCACCUUUAGUUCAAGCUUUGCGAAUGACACACCCCAAGAUCGUUUCCUUAUCGAGAAAGUAUUCGUGUACUCCCGCACAAUUGCUGGUAAGAUGGUCUUUACAACAUGGUUAUGUGCCACUGCCGAAAAGUAUAAAGAAGGAAAGAUUGAUUUCUAAUGCUGAUGUUGAUGGAUUUGAAAUUGAGGAUGAGGAUCUGAAGGAAAUGGAUAGCCUUGAUGAAUAUUUGGUGACAGAUUGGGAUCCUACUGAUGCGGAUUAG